GGGGGGUGAGGAGGUGUGGUUGGUUGAGACUCCGCCCUCUCCAAGGGUAGUGAGAGGGGAAAGCAAUUAGGGUUAUGUGUAAAAAUAAAACAAAAUAAAAGCUCUGAAAGACUAAAACGCAAGUGAAACCCUUGCAAAUCUCGUGGGAAGUAGACCUGCCCUGCGUUCAGGGAACUUUACUCCCGAGAAAGUGUGAAUGUCAAGAGCUGCGUGUUAGAUCAGGAAUAAGUCCCACUAGUUUAAUUGAGAUUUUCUUUCGGGGAAGUGCGCAUAGUGCCCUAUAGCCUUACAUACUAGAUCCGUGCGAACGGGGUAGCGAGGUAAGGCUGCAGUUCUUCGCGCACUUCUUUGGGAAUAUGUGCUUGGAAGUUUGUUUAGGAACCCCGCGUUAGGUUCUAUCGUAACUUUGCAUGCCGAGAACCUUUCGUCCCAUGCACGGCUUACACUUAUGCAUACGGAUCCGGACGCAGACUCACGCAGUGGGAAAGUAGUCGUGAAAUGCAGUGAUGGAUCCCGCUUCCUCCACCCAAGUUUUCUUGGGUCGGGCUGAUUUCAGGAAGCGCACUCUUUUCUCUAUAAAAAUGCUUGAUAUUCAUGUCCGAGCAGUGUGCCAGGGUUGUAAAAAUUGGAUCGGAAGAAAGCUAAAUAGAUCUUGCAGAACAAACUUGGCACUAGCCAAACCGAACCCAAUGCAUGCUUGUUCUGAAAACAGUCCUUUUCAGUUCAGGGGGAGUUUCUCUUGGGUAUACUGAACCCAGGAUUAAAAACACAUUCGCAUGUUUGCGGCCGAUUCCUAUUCUCCAUCUUGGAACAUUGGCUUUAGUGCCAGCCACAUUUUUUCUGACCAACGCUAUUUAAUCUAGUAAUUUUUUACCACCUUCCUCAAUAAAAGAAUUCCUCGGGUCUGGAAUUAAAGAUGCUUCCUUAAUAAUGGGUUUAAAAUAAUAAUGUAACUUGGAGAAAAACUAAUUUAGAAAGUUCAGGAUUAAACUUGAAAGCUUUCAAUGAGUAUUUCUAUUUUACAGUGAACUUAAUUUAUGUACUCACUGAUCAUAAAUUUCAGCCGAGGAUAACGUGCCUCUGGCUAGAGAAUAGGGCAAUAAUGAAUGUGGAUAUGAAAAAUCUGCGUGUGAUCAAAUCUUUAAUUUCACUGUCUUGAUAAGAAUUAGAACAGGAGGUCAUCUGAUCCACCAGGGCAUACUUCUGUUGGGUAGGAUAGCAAAAUUCAGUUUCUGUUUGAAACAUUGGGCUGGAAGUGGGAUGAAUGCAGUUUGUGGCUUGCUCUCAGUUUCUAGUUUUAUUCUUUCACUCUUGUCCAUUAGCUAAGAUAUGCUUCAUUUCAUUUUGCUUCUUGAUAGACUAGAAAAGAGCGGGUCUUGCUCCAGCUUUCCUCGUCUCUAACUCAAAAUAGUUAAAUUCAAUUCUGUCUGUUGGAGGAGAGAGAUCCAGGAAUGUAAGGAGCAAAAUAAGCUGGUGUUGAGUUACAGGGGGAGAGAAAAAAAUAGUAAGCUGAGUGGGGACCAGAAAUGCUAAGUCGCAGGCAAAGCUAUGCCCAUUGAAGAAAAAGUGUGAAGUUACCCCGUUUGAACUUUGGAUGUGGGGUAAGCAAAUACGUACUAUAACUAAAGGAUCUGUCUGAUGUACUUAUUAAAAGUCUUCAUAUUUUUUAUUUUAUUUAAAAAGUAAGAUAGAACAGGGUAAGAACUAAAGCAAUCGAUAGAAAUUGUAUGUAUACUUCUGAAUAAAUUUCAUUAAACGUGGUUACUAUAUUUUGUAACCUGCAAAGUUAGCUUAAUAACGUUACACAAAAAGCGUGUUAAUUAAAUGUUAUUACUAAAAAAGUGGACAUUUCUGCAUUAUAUAAUGAUUAAUGUAGAUUAGAAACAACUUGAUUCUCUACUAACAAAUGAAAUCCCUUCAUAUUCAUUCGAUAACUCAAUGGACUACUUUCUAAGUAAACAAGUAAUUAAAUAAACAAAAAUUUUAAGUAGUCUUGUUUUAUCCAGAUUGGAGAAACCUCUUUAAUUAAUACAGGAUUUUUUCCUUCACUUAUCAGGUAAGUAUUUAUCAGUAAUGCUCUUCUAAAUCCAUUUCCUUCCUGGAUUAGAUUUGAAAGCUUGUACAAUGUAGAAAAUAAGUUUAGACUUAAGUAAAUUAUUUUUCAAAAAAACAAGUAUAGCUGUUUCAUCUAUUGUGGUUGCUAUUGUGCCUUUGAUUUGUAUUUAGUACAGAAUUUUACCUAUUGUUUUCCUUAUGCUUCUGCUUUCCCUAUCAGCAAACUGCUAGAAAUUUCUGGUUACCCUGCAGUCUGAAAACAGAUCAUAAAAGGAAAUGGGUAAAGCAGUUAAGCUCCCCCCCAUCCUGAUAUAGUUCAGGAUCCCUGAAAAGAGACUAUAUUUCCCAUUUUCCUUGUAGUAAAAAAAAAAUAUGUGUACCUGCAGUUUAAGGUAGCAUCAGUAAUAUCUGAAAAAAGAUGAAAUCCUGUCAGGGUUUCACAAAAACAAUUUUAAUAUCUUGCAGAAUGAAUUGUAACAAAUAAAGAAGGACAAACUUUAAAUGUCAUCUAUUUGGAAAGCUUUAAAAUACAUUAAUAACUUGGAGUUUAAAAUAUGGGUCCUAAAUGAUUUCUGUGUUAUACGUUUAUGGUAAGUAUUAGUGUCUUAAUCAGUUUCCAGAUGUUGAUUAUAUAUGCCUAUUCUUCCAGCAAAUAACUACAUAUUAAAGGUCUGGCAAUUGUGAUCCACCCAUUUUAUAAAAGAAAUGUAUUUGAAAAAUGUUGGUAUUAUGCAAUAGGCUUUGGAAUGCAUAAAAGCCAUUUUCUCCACUGUGCUGGACUAAUUCCCAGCAGUGCAACUAUAGUGCAUGUUGCAGUUUUAUGUCUGUGAAAGACAGGGAGGUUUGUAAAUAGUUUGCUACAAGAAGGUUACUUCCAAUUUAUCUCAGCAUACAGUUAAGAUAAAGCUUAAUAAACCUUGAUAUUUUUAUAAAAUUGUAUAUUCAUCUGUGAACUAUAACUAAAACACUAAUUAAUAAUUACCGUAACAUUGUGAUCUAGAAAUGUUGAUUUAGAAUGUCUCUUCAUUAAAAAAGGAGGAGACAAGUAAAAUUCUAAAUUAUUGAUGUAUUUUAAAGAUUCCAAAGUAGAUGACAUCCUAAGCAACAUCUAAAAGUUACUUUAUUAUUAAUUUUUAAAUAUAUUAGCUACCGAUGUCACAUCAUUCCCCCUCCUGGUGACUUAAAGUAAGCUAAAAUGCAAUGAAACCUUGAUGGUUAAAAAGUGACAUUGUUACAAAGUAUCCUUGAGAAUGUCUUCUAAUUAACUUGGAUCAUUCCAACAUGUUGUGAGUCAAGCCAUACAUAAGAUGAAAUCUUGCACUAUGAGUAAUUGAGUCACUCCCAAGGAGAUCAUACCUCUACAGCAAUUUUUUAAAAAAACAUGUAAGCUUCAGAAUGCUAAGGGUUAAUGCCAUUUAUGUCAUCCACACUCUUACAAUAGUAUGAGGUUUAUGCUACAGCGCCACAAGGGAACUAUUGCUAGUUUUUAGGAAAGAAGAGAAAAGUUACAUUUUGCCACAGUCUGAUAGCUACUGGAACCCUGUGGCAUUGGGUAUGUCAAACCUCUUUCUGAAGGUUCUUUCAGUAGGUCAUAAAUUAAAAGGGCUUAUGAAUGCUUGUAAAUAUAUAUUCUUGCUCCUUAAACAUAUAUAGAGUUUGUAUCAAGGAUGCUGUAUGAAAAUGCAAAGAUAAUCUCUUAGUUUUUUUCUUUCUUCUUUCAAAUGUCACCAAUCCCUUGGCUCAACUGCCCUCAACUGAGAUGUACCUGCUUUUUGACUGAACCCAUUUCUUUUGAGGGAAAUUUGAGAGCUUAACAUCUCUGCUGCUUCCUGCUUUCGUUGCGACAAUUCCUCCUUGUAUUUACAAACAGAGCUCAGCCUUGCAUCCCAUCCCAUCCUGUUGAUUUCUCUUUUGUUACAUGAGUGCCUGAAGUUACAUUUUAGAUGCUGAAAUCACUGCACCUUAAAAACAAAAAAAGGUUGAAUUGAAUUGCAUUACUACUCAGAGGAAGCAACAAACUGAGACCUCGUUUUUCGGCAUUCAGAAUAAAUAAGUGGCAAAAGAAGGAUCUUUAAAACUUGUGUGAAAGUGUCUGUGCCUUGUGCUAAGGCAGGCAUCACAGCCAAGCUUUGUCACUCUCCGGAGGCAGAAAGGUUCCUUCGUCAUCACUUGGAACAGGAACUACAAUCAUUGUGUUCAAGAAAACAGCAAACAUUUCUGAACUACUUAGAAGCAAACACCAGGGAUUUUCAUCUGCCUAUAAGCAUACCCUGGGAAAUUUGAAUGGCCCUGAGCCUGUUAGCCAUUACAAAGUUCUGGAAACCUGGGCCAGGAGGUUAGGUAAACAAGUAUUGUCACACAGCUUUGUUGAGGUCCAUGUUGGCAAAGCUACAUAAGAGCCAGAGCAGAAUUUGCAGACGUUCAUCCUGUGAGCUCUUGUUUUAAUUACAGGGCCUACACUGGUUCUUCAAAUUGCAGGCACAAUUUUUCUCCUUUCCCUGCCUCAAUGAAUGUCUGCACUAAGUCCAAAGCUCGGAGUGAUUUACCUGAAGAGUGAAAUUCACAAACCACUAAAGAAACCCAAGACAACUGAAAAACAGAAGUCUGAGGAGAAUGAGAUUACGCAGACGGGUGCCUUCGUUGCCAAGUCAGGCCUUCCAUGCCUGAACUUUGAAGCUAUCUCCUCUCUGAGCCCAGAUCUCAUCCAUUCAUCCCAUUCACUAAGAAACCUGCUCAUAUACACAGGGUCACCUGAUUGUAACAACAGUUGCAGGGGGAUGACAGAGCGCAUUCACAGCAUCAACCUCCACAAUUUCAGCAAUUCUGUGCUCGAGACCCUCAACGAGCAACGCAACCGUGGCCACUUCUGUGAUGUGACAGUUCGCAUUCACGGGAGCAUGCUGCGUGCCCACCGUUGUGUGUUGGCGGCUGGCAGCCCCUUCUUCCAAGAUAAGCUGUUACUGGGCUACAGUGACAUUGAAAUUCCUUCUGUGGUUUCAGUCCAAUCAGUACAAAAGCUCAUUGACUUCAUGUACAGUGGAGUAUUGCGAGUCUCACAAUCAGAGGCCCUGCAAAUCCUUACAGCAGCCAGCAUCCUGCAGAUUAAAACUGUGAUUGAUGAAUGCACACGGAUUGUCUCACAGAAUGUGGGUGACAUCUACCCUUUGAUUCAGGAUUCUGCACAGGAGACACCACGAGGAACUCCUGAAUCAGCUACUUCAGGACAGAGCAGUGAUACAGAGUCUGGUUAUCUGCAAAAUCACUCACAGCACAGUGUGGACAGGAUAUACUCAGCUUUGUAUGCAUGUUCUAUGCAGAAUGGCAGUGGUGAGCGUUCAUUCUACAGUGGUGCAGUGGUCAGCCACCAUGAAACAGCACUAGGCCUUUCUAGAGACCAUCAUAUGGAAGAUCCAAGCUGGAUUACAAGGAUUCAUGAGCGCUCACAGCAGGUGGAGCGGUAUCUUUCCACCACGCCAGAAACCACACACUGCAGGAAACAACCACGUCCAGUUCGGAUCCAAACUUUAGUGGGCAAUAUUCACAUCAAGCAAGAAAUGGAGGAUGAUUAUGACUACUAUGGACAGCAGAGAGUGCAAAUCCUAGAGCGCAAUGAAUCUGAAGAAUGCACUGAGGAUACUGAUCAAGCAGAAGGUGCUGAAAGUGAGCCCAAGGGAGAAAGUUUUGAUUCUGGAGUCAGUUCCUCCAUUGGCACUGAGCCUGAUUCUGUGGAGCAGCAAUUUGUGACUGGCCUAGGUCGAGAAGGUCAACAAGAACCUACCCAACCAGAACAAAAUGAUGUUUCUGCUGAAAGCAUUCAGCAGCAGCACACAGAUACUAACUCUUCUUCACCCGAAAGAGGAAAUGACGUUGAAAAGGAUAGCGCACUAAUAACUGUUUGUAACAGUACUGAAAAGGGGUCUUUACAGCCUAUCACUACAACUGUUGCCCAAUCAUUGCCAAGUACCCAGCUCUACUUACGCCAGACAGAAACCCUCACCAGCAACCUGAGGAUGCCAUUGACCCUGACCAGCAACACACAGGUCAUCGGCACAGCUGGCAAUACCUAUUUGCCUGCACUCUUUACUACCCAGUCUGCUGGCAGUGGUCCUAAGCCUUUCCUUUUCAGCCUUCCCCAGCCCCUAGGCCAACAGGCACAAUUUGUGACAGUGUCCCAGCCUGGGCUUUCAACUUUUACUGCCCAACUGCCAGCCCCACAACCCCUGGCUCCUUCUGUAGGCCACAGCACAGCAGGUGGGCAGGGUGAAAAAAAGCCUUAUGAGUGUACCCUCUGCAACAAGACUUUCACAGCCAAACAGAAUUAUGUCAAGCACAUGUUUGUACAUACAGGUGAGAAGCCCCACCAAUGCAGCAUUUGUUGGCGAUCCUUCUCCCUAAAAGAUUACCUAAUCAAACACAUGGUGACUCACACUGGUGUCAGAGCCUACCAAUGCAGUAUCUGUAAUAAGCGUUUUACGCAGAAGAGUUCCCUAAAUGUGCAUAUGCGGCUCCACCGUGGGGAGAAAUCUUAUGAAUGCUACAUUUGCAAGAAAAAGUUUUCACACAAGACCCUGCUUGAAAGACAUGUGGCUCUACAUAGUGCCACAAACGGAACGUCUAGCACAACAAGCACUGGGGCAAGGGCACUUCCAGCUGGAGGGAUGGCCUGCACAGAAGGAACGACCUACGUUUGCUCUGUCUGCCCAGCUAAGUUUGACCAAAUUGAGCAUUUCAACGACCACAUGAGGCUGCAUGUUUCAGAUGGGUAAAUAAUAUCUAUUCUGUUAUGAACAACAACAAAGCCCAAAUAGAGAAACAACGAAAAGCUAUGGCACUAGAUUUUUUUUUUCAUUUUUCAUUUUUAGUUUGUUUAUUUUCAUUUUUGUACUACAUGAUGAACUGUUUUUUGCCUGCUGGUACAUUACAUUUCUGGAAGCUGGAUGAAUAGUAAUUAUCUCAGCCUUCCUUUGAUGGUGGCCUUAAGGCCAGAUAGUGUUCAAGAGAUCUACUGGUUGGAUCUCUAGCUACUGGCCUCUAAAUACAACCCUUCUUUACUACAAAAAAAAAAAACCUUAAAAAAAUUGUCACUUAUGAAGAGCACUACAAAAACAACAACAAAGAGAAAUGUGUUAUGAAAUCUACAAGGCCUACUGUCGUAAGUACACCGCUUGCAGUGUUUCAAUGGACAGAUUUACAAUUCUGACCGCUUUGGACUUCACCAUAUCCAGUUAAAACUGUGGAAUAGAAACAUAAAAAUUGAUCAGCAACACACACACAAUGGGCCCUAUUGGUUUCCACCAUUAGCCUUGCUAUCAUAAAAGGGCUGUGGAAAAUGGCAAGGGAGUUUGGGUUGGAUAGUGUGGAGUCCCUGCAGGAUGGGGAAGGAGAAUAAUAGAUUCCUCUUGUGGAUUUGGUUCCAUUCCACACAUUCAGAUUUAUAACCCAACUUCUUUCUCCCCCACUAACACUAAUACUAUCUUUCAUCGGACUUAGGAACAAUAAGUAAGAAUGAGGUGAACAAAGGUAGCUUUCCUGCAAUUACAUGUUGUCUUUGCUGAGCUUAGGGCAAACUUGGCCAGUCUGGCACUCUCCAGGUCUGCAACUCCCAGGUUUCUAGAUGGGAACUGCAAAUACAACCAAUCUGGAAGCGGCAAGAUUGAGGAGGGAUGACACAGAGUGGGGACUUUGAAAAUGUCAAAGAGAAAUAGCAAAAACAAAAGAUCAAGAGUCUUUUUCACCUCCUAAUCAAGGUAUAAGGAAAGGAUUACUUUCUAAAAAUUUUAGAGAUAAAAUAAAAAAGGUUGCGUCAACCCUAUCCAUGAUGAGACAGAUAAAGUAAAGACAAAUGGAGAAAAAGACUAAAAAGCGUUCUCAAGAUUUUUUUUAUUCAGUUUUUUUAAGGGGAAAGAAGUGUU